GAAAUGAAAAAUCCCGCCAUUCGAAAGAGAACGAACGCACCUCUUCGCUGAUCUCUGAUCUCUGAUCUCCGACCGCCACUUCCUCUCCCUCUUCUCUUCUCUUCAUAUUUCAGUUACUGGGUUUGCUUUUGCUUCAGUUUCUCUUCCUACCUUAUUCUCAUUUUGUUCCCUCACUUUUCCAUUUCCAUUUUCUAGGGUUUCAUUUUUCCAUUGCUGCUCCUUCUUCCGAUUGUUUCAUUGUUUCAUUCAUCUCAUCACUGCUCAAAUGCAACCAAGCGCCAAGCCUCCUCAAACCAAUUGGUCGCAACACGCCAAUGCUCAACACAAUUUCGCAUCCCAAGCCAAGUUUCUGAGCUCCAAUUUUCUCUUCUCUCUUCCAACUCACAAGAGCCCUUCCUAUCAAGAACCACCCCCUGGGACUGGGUCUCAGAGGUUUGUAUUACGACAAAGUCAAGGUUCAGAAAGAGUACAAGUUGACAAGGCUUGGCUUGCUAUUACAACUCCACAGAAUUCUACCAGGAACUAUGUCCAACCUGGAGAAACUGUUAAAGUUACUCCUCAGCUUCAUGAAAGCAUGGCAGCAACUUCCUUCCAAGGAAGCCAUGAAAACAAUAUGCCUAGGCAUUCUGAUGUCACCACUACUCCAAUUGUCAUUAAUCAUAGAUCUCAGGUUUUGGAUAGUUCAGUGAACAACCAUACAAAGUACACAGACCAAAUCAAUGAGUCUACAAAAUGCAUGCCUGUUCAUAUUGAUGAUGAUGAUGACAUACUUGAGACCAUUGAUGUUGACCAAAUCGUGGAACAAUACCAGUCUAGUUGCACUCCCCAACCAUCAAUGUCCAGGCUUCCUCCAAUUACACCAACUGCAGAUAAAGAUAAUUUUGCUGGACAUGAUAACCUUUUGCCACCAGAGCUGUGUGUGGACUGCAGCCAUGGUUGCAAGUUAGGGCAUUGCCCUGAAGCAGCAAGUCACUUGCAGGAAUUGAAGGAUAAUCUAAUUGUUAUCUCUAAUGAACUACUUGACAAUGUUGAGAACCUCAGUUCUACAGACAUAUCCAAACUUCACCAAGAUAGGUCACAGCUCAAGAAGCAAAUUCAGCAGCUUGAAAAAUAUAUUCACUCCAGUAAUCUUGCUGAGGAAAGACAAAAGUCACAUUUUUCUGCAUCAACUGCGCCGCCUACAUCUUUCGUGUAUGAAACACCUCGGCAACCUUUCCUUAGUAGUGGACCAAAGACAUAUGAUUCCCAGGCUUAUAUGGGUAAUGGGACAUAUGGGUCAUCAUUCCAGUCUGUUUCAUUCUCUUCUGUAGAUAGGUAUGGUAUGCCAUCAGGUCCAGUAGAGAGGGAAGCAUUCAUCCCAAAAAAUAUUGAAGUUAAUUACAUCGAAGGUUCUGGAGACAAACGAUGGAGCAGCCAAGAUUUUCCUUGGACAAAAGACUUGGAGGUUAAUAAUAAAAGAGUAUUUGGGAAUCACUCAUUUCGUCCCAAUCAAAGAGAGGUCAUUAAUGCAACAAUGAGCGGAUGUGAUGUUUUUGUUUUGAUGCCCACUGGUGGAGGAAAGAGUCUGACUUAUCAGCUACCAGCUCUUAUUUGUCCUGGUAUAACAUUAGUAAUUUCUCCCCUUGUCUCCCUUAUUCAAGAUCAAAUAAUGCACCUAUUGCAGGCAAAUAUACCUGCUGUUUGCUUAAGUGCCAACAUAGAAUGGUCUGAACAACAAGAGAUCCUUAGAGAACUUAAUUCUGAUUACUGUAAAUACAAGUUGUUGUAUGUGACACCCGAAAAGGUUGCAAGAAGCGAUGUUCUUCUGCGACAAUUGGAGAAUUUACAUGUCCGUGAGUUGCUGUCCAGGAUUGUAAUUGAUGAGGCUCACUGUGUGAGCCAAUGGGGGCAUGAUUUUAGACCAGAUUAUCAGGGACUUGGUAUUUUGAAACAGAAAUUCCCAAAUACUCCUGUUUUAGCUUUAACAGCGACAGCAACAGCUAGUGUAAAGGAAGAUGUUGUGCAAGCACUUGGUCUCAUUAACUGCAUUAUUUUCCGGCAAAGUUUUAAUCGACCAAACUUAUGGUAUUCAGUUGUCCCCAAGACCAAAAAGUGUGUGGAGGACAUUGACAAAUUCAUUAGGGAAAAUCAUUUUGAUGAAUGUGGCAUUAUCUAUUGUCUUUCACGAAUGGACUGUGAAAAGGUUGCUGAAAAAUUACAGGAAUGUGGGCAUAAAUGUACAUAUUAUCAUGGGAACAUGGAUCCUGCUCAACGUGCUUUUGUUCAAAAGCAAUGGAGUAAAGAUGAGGUCAAUAUAAUUUGCGCUACUGUGGCCUUUGGCAUGGGUAUUAACAAGCCCGAUGUUCGCUUUGUAAUCCAUCAUUCGCUCCCAAAAUCUAUUGAAGGCUAUCAUCAGGAAUGUGGACGAGCUGGUAGAGAUGGUCAACGUUCAUCUUGUGUAUUAUAUUAUAACUAUGGUGAUUAUAUACGAGUUAAGCAUAUGUUGAGUCAAGGAGCAAUAGAGCAAAGCUCCAUGACAUCUGGAUACAAUCGUUCAAAUAUGACAAAUUCAGGAAGAAUACAGGAAACAAACUCAGAAAACCUUUUGCGAAUGGUCAGUUAUUGUGAAAAUGAUGUUGAUUGUCGGCGUCUUCUUCAGCUUGCUCAUUUUGGGGAGAAAUUUGAUUCUUCAACCUGUCAGAAAACAUGUGAUAAUUGCUUGAGAGUUACAAGUUUCGUUGAGAAAGAUGUCACAGGGAUUGCAAAAGAACUGGUUGAACUAAUUAAGCUAACGGGACAAAGGUUCUCUUCGUCUCAUAUAUUAAAAGUGUAUCGUGGUUCCUUAAGCCAGUUGGUCAAGAAACACCGGCAUGAGACUGUGAGGCUGCAUGGUGCUGGGAAGCCUCUAGCUAAGGGUGAGGCUUCCCGUGUAUUGCAUCGUCUGGUUGUUGAAGAUAUUAUUUUGGAGGAGGUAAAAAAAAGUGAUAUUUAUGGAUCAGUAUCUUCAGUAUUGAAGGUAAAUGAGCACAAGGUCCGUAAUUUGUUGUCUGGUGGCCAGAGAAUUGUAUUGAGAUUCCCGUCCCCUGUAAAGGCAUCAAAGCAUGGGAAAUGUGAUUUAACUCCAGCUAAAGGCCCUCUUACAUCUGGGAAGCUGAAUCCUCCAGUAAUUGACAUGACUGACCAACCUCAGACUGAAGUGGACUUGAAUCUUUCAGCAAAGUUAUACAGUGCUUUGCGGAUGUUGCGGACAACUCUUGUUAGAGAAGCUGCAGAUGGUGUUAUGGCUUACCACAUAUUUGGUAAUGCUACGUUGCAGCAAAUAAGCAAGAGAGUGCCAAGAACAAAAGAAGAACUUCUUGAUAUCAACGGCAUUAGCAAGACUAAAGUAAGCAAGUAUGGGGAUCGGUUACUGGAAACCAUUGAAGACACCAUAAAUGAAUAUUACAAGUUGGACAAAAGCAGCAGCGGCAGCAAAGGCAGUGCUGAUUCCGCCAAAAGGCGACGAGAGGCAGCAAGUGGAGAUGCAUCUGCAAAUGCCGAAGAUGACUUCACCAAAAGCACUGGUCGAUCAAAGAAAAUGACAGUGAAGAGACAGACUAAAAGAACUGAGAUUUAUGAUUCUGAAGAAGAAGAUUAUUACCAUGGAUGCCUUGAUGAAGAACUAGACUUUGACAACUUGGAAAACGAAGCAUUAAAUAAAACACCUUGUACAAAUGCCGGAGGAAGGGUACUACCUCAAUGGACAGGUUCUUGAAAUUGUUAUGUUAUAGGGCUUUUGGUGGAUCCACCUUCAAGUAAUUAUAGUUUUGGGAACGAAGUUUAAUUCCACUACAGCAGGCAAAGAUGAUCAAUAAAUGCAGAUCAACGAAAUAAAACUGCAUAACUGAGUGUAAUGGCAGUGAACUAGCAGGAUUUGUUGUCUAAUUUAUUCUGAUAUUAUUAAUUGAAUAGUGCUGGCUAACAAGUACAAGUUCAAUUUGGUAAAUAAAAACUUUGGCUGCUUUCCUUGUAAAUAGAUGAAA